AUGAACUUUACCAUAUUGCUGCCACUUCUGGGAGCCUGUACAGUGGUGGGGCCAUUCCAUAGCCCUGAGUGGGAGCCAGUAUAGGACCUGGUAUCCCAGGAUCAAAGCUGCAGGGAUCCCCGGUGCUGUGGCAACCUGCUUGUCUUCUGCCUUUUUCUGUUCUGGCAGAUCCAACAGUAUUGGCACCGGAUCACCAGGACUAGCAAGAGGGAUGCCAUCAAGGUGCCACUGCAGAGGUGGAUAUUGUCUUCCAUCAGACGUGAAACUUUCCUUGGGAUGAUCCCUGACUUCUUUUUUAGUCAUGAAAAAACCAAGGGCCUGGAUGCUCAUGCCCAACCACGGGCACAGAAGCAGAGAUGGAAAUACCGGAGGACCCUCGGGCAAACGUGGACCACCCAGUACCUACUGUCUCCACCCAGGGCCUACUGUCAAGACCUGCUCUGGGUUGUCCACACCCACUGUGAGCCUACCUUUUGUCCCUUUUCAAGCACCUGUCUUCUCCCUCAGAACCAUUCUUGGGAAGCAUGGCAGGUACCCUGGUGUCUUAAGGAUAGCCAGACUCACCCUUUCCUGCACACAUGCCAAAGAAUGGAGCAGCUGCUGGCUCCCUCCCAGGAGAAGCUGGUGCCAGUUGAGCCUGUUGGUAAGAUGAGUCACCCCAUCUCCACAGUCUUAGCUAUCUCUCCUCCAAGCUUCCCUUCAGCUCAGAGGCUGGAGCUCCGUUUCAGAGUAUUCCCAUCUGACCCUCCUAUCCAACAAUGGGAAAUGCCCACUGGGAAGCCCUGGGAUCCCUCAGCGCCAUGGGGUGAAACCCAGGUAGAAGACAGAGAAGACAGUAAAGGUUCUCAGGCCUUACAAUAUACAGACCAAAGAGAGAGCAAAAGGGUAGAUGCUUGGGAAAUACAAGCAUCUAGAGGCCAGCUCCCAAGAGGCUUUACAAUGGAGGAUGGUGCAGAGGCUAUGACUCUGGGAUGCAACCCCCAGAUGCUGUUAAUAACGGAAACUGAUGAAGAUAUCCCCAUGCCAGCAUGGAAGAACCAGGACCAGAUGAGAGUUAAAAAGGGAGUCAAAACUGAGGAACUAGGGAUGAGAGACCAGAGGGAGCCUGGAGAUGAGAAUCUUUGUACCGAGGCUCACAUGGGAGAGAAGCAAGAACACUUCAGAUGCAAAACUGAUAAAGCGACUCAGACACGAGAGUAGGGGAACCAGGACGAUGCUGUGGAGACACAGGCAUUUGCAAAGAAAAAAGAGAAAGAGGCCAGAGGGGAGGAAGAGGGAGAGGUCCAGGACCAAGAAUUGGGGACACAAGGCUGGACUGGAGAUAAGAACGGUGAGGUGCCCCAAAUGCUAAAGUGGGGGACACAAGACCAGACUGGAGGCAAUACUGGUGCAGAAAUUGAGGCAGAGGAGGGAAGCAAUAAAAAUCAGAUUGGAGGUGAGGAUGAGUUUCAAAUCCAGACAUCCAGGAAGGAUAGCCUGAGAGAAGUCAAACAACAGGAUGAUGUGGAGACCCAGGCCUUGGAGUGCAAGAAACGGGGAUGCAUUAGACGUGAGAAUGAGAUCCAGAAUCCAGUGGGGGAGAGGCAAAGACAGAAUGGAAGUGAGAAAGCCAGGAAGACCCAAGCAUGUAAGAGCAAGGAGCAGAGUCUGUCAAACCAUAAAGUUCAAGUGGGGAUGAAGAAACUCAGGGAGAUAAGAGAAGAGGACUGGGUGGUGAUCCAGGCACCAUGGUGGGGAAACCAGAGACUAGCUGGGAGUGAGACUGACAGAGAAUUUGAGAUACCGCGCUGGAGAAAUCAGAACCAGGUUGGAGGUGAACACACUGCAGAAAUUCAGUCAGUGGAGAGCGACCAAAGAAAAGAUGGAGAUAAAUAUGGUGCCCAUAGCCUGACACCUGAGGAUGAGAAUCAGGGACAGUUAAGAGGAAAAACUGAUGUGGAGACUUGCUCAGUAAGGAGGAAGAUCAAGGAAGAGACUGGAAAGGAGAAUGGAAAGGACAGUCAGGCACUAGGGGAGAGAAACGAGCAAGGUAAAGGCAAGGAUGAUGCACAGACCCAGGAACUUGGAGAGGAAAAUCAGGGUCAGUUAGGAAAUGAAUUUCAUAAAAAGAGUAACAUACCGAAGUGGAAGAAUCAAGAACACAUUAGUGGUAACAAUAGUACAAAUAAUACCCAGACGUCUGAGGCAGAGGAAGGGAAAGAAUUAACAAGCAAUGUUGAUGAUGAAACCCAUGCAGCAGGGUCAAAGAAAGUAGAGCAGGCUGAGGGCGAGGAUGAGUGGAAGAAGUUGAAGCAUGUGGGAAAUGAGGAGGGAACAGACAUUCAGACCCUAGAGAAGAAACGCCAGAGAGAACUUGGAGAUGAUGCUGUAGAGACACUGAGACCCAAGAGAGAGAACCAAGGAGGGUCCAAGGGUGAAGCCGGAGGGAGCCAUUCUGCAAGGAUGCAGAGACUCAGGAGAAGGAAGCAGAAACUGGUAAGAGGCCAAGGCAUUGGCCCAGAGACCCAAGCCUCUGUGGGAGAUGACCAGGGACAGUCAGUGUGUGAAACUGACGGAGAGGUCCAGACACAAGGGCAAAGGAUCCAGAACAGGGAUCGAGAUAAAGGUGCUGCAGAAAUCCAGGCUGCAGGGAACCAGAGAAACAGAGCAGAGGAUGCUGGACAGUCUCCAGCACCAAGGAGAGGAGACAAGGGUCAGGUCAGAGGAAAGGAUGCUGUGAGGACCAGUCUCCAAGGUGACUCUUCUGGGAGUGUGGGGCCCACAGGUAGGAAGUGUAGCCCAGCUCAACUCCCUGCCCUCACUGACUCUGGGGCCCCUAGACACAAGCAGCCAGUGACUGUAAACUGCCUCAACUCUGCUCCCUGUCCCAAGCCAAAGCCCCACCCUAACUGUAGUGAAGUCUUCCCACAGGUGGAAGAGCAUCUGACCAACCAGAGCACAGCCCCUGCCAGGAAGCACAGAGCUAAGGUCAGUGAGACCUCCCAGCAGAUCCAGCCUGGAUCCCGAAGACGACAAAGGGACAAAGAGGUGGAUCCAGGAAAGGCUUCCAGCCGGAUAGAGCAGCACUGGUACCCAAAGUCUCAGGUGCUUUCUGUCUUCCCCUCUCUCCUAUGUGGCCAGGUUCCCCAAGCGGCCACAGUUCUGUCCGGUGUGCCCACCGUGCUCAUCAUCCUGCCCUCAUGGCCAACCCUCAAGAAAAGCAAACGACUACUCCUGGAAUCCCUCAUGAAGAGGAGGAUUGCACACCUGAAGUGGGGCCUCCCUCGACGAACCCUGGAGUCUUUCUUCCACUUUUUGGAAUCCUGCUCACCACCUAUGGCUGGGGUUAGACUUACGGACCUUCAAAGGCAGCAAGACAGACAUCGUGAGACCCAGGGCUCCCUUAAGUCUCCAGAGAGGUCCCAAAGCUUUCCAGCUCUUGAAAGAAAAAGCUCAAAACUUCCUACUCAGACCAGGGCUCAAGAGAAGUGUACACUCAAGUCAGAGCCACUGGGCAGUUCCAUUCCACCCAAGAAGCCCAGGAGAAUCAGGCCACCAGAGGGAGCAAAGGAACCACAGAUCCAGGAAGAAGCACCCGAGGUCAAGAUCCAGGUUUCCAGGAAUCCCAAGCCAGCAGCAGAGCCUAGGAGCUGGUGUGGCCCAGGAAGGGUUCCAGAGCUUUCCAGGGAGAACAGCAGGGGCAGAAAAAUCAUCAGGCCUGGGGUCUCCCAGAUGGCAGAGAGGGCCUCCAGCAGAGUGAGAGCCUCGUCCUCUACAGCAGGCCACAACUACGGGAAAAAGGAAUACACACCCUGGGAGCCCUCCGAGCCCUCCAGACUCAAAUGUCAGCAGCCCAUGACAGACAGCUACCAGGGACGGGAGGAGCCUGGGAAUCCAAAUGGGGCUCCACGGAAUCCCUUAGCCCAACAGAAAUUUGGUUUUAUGAAGCAUUUGAGAUGUUUUCUCAGACAAUGUGGCUUUAAAAAGUAG